AGUUACGCUUGGUUGUUAUGGAAGAUGUCUGUAAUUCGAGGUGCAAUGUUUACUUUAGCGAAGACGGCGACCUGGAAUCUAGGAAGGGUGUCCUCUGGUCUACUCAGUGCUUGUCAGCCUGCGGCACUGCGGGGAGUUCAGACAUCUCAGCAGCUCCUGUCCUCCAGGCCGGCUCGCUGGAGCAGCUCCUCCGCCCAGGAGAAGCCCGUAGAGUCCAGCUCGUUUCACGAUAGAGUACUGCUCAGUGAAUCAUGCGUGAAGAGACUUGGACAAAUCAUGGACAAAGGGGAAUACCUGCGGAUACAGGUGGAGGGGGGAGGCUGCUCUGGGUUCCAGUACAAGUUUUCUGUCGACAAUGUGAGAAACGAAGAUGACAGGGUGUUUGAACAGGAUGGCGUUGGGGUGAUCGUGGACCAGGACAGCCUGGAGUUUGUGAAGGGAGCCACACUGGACUACAGUGAGGAGCUGAUCCGCUCCUCCUUCCAGGUGCUCCGCAACCCCCAGGCUGAGCACGGCUGCUCUUGCGGCACUUCUUUUUCCGUGAAGCUGUGAGAGCCCUGGCUCUCCAGCCCCACCCCCCAUGGCCCCACAGUUAUAUCUCCACAUUCAACAAUAGACGCUCAGAAGAGAUCUCCCAGUAUAGGCUUUUCAAUAUGUGUCCAUAUAAAGAGCUCCAGGACAUAGGUCAUUCCUUUUGCCAUGAGUGGACAUUGUUUGUAUUGUAAAUCUCUGGGUAAAGAUUCGGUGACAGAAUGUACCCGAUUGGGGAUGAGUCAGCGGUCAGCGAUAGAGGCCUUUAAUCAAUCAAGCAGAAAAGGCCUGACUAACAUAUCAUUUCACCUUAAGACUUUUAAAAGUUAUGUAGCACUCAAGGAAGGAAGCUGUAAACCUGAAUUAAACUCAGGUCUCCACACUUGCAUUGUAACCACAUCCAUUUAAAAUGUCAGAAAAUGGAAUGGUAACUACUGCUUGCUUUAGCCCAAAUUUUAUAAUGCCGGCGAUGUUCGUGCACAGUGCUCAGUCACUUUAAAAAUACAGCUGAAAGCCAGUGUCCUUGUGUUCUUCAGGUGACGUUAUUAAAGGAUGACAGAUUUGACCAAGCUGAAGGUGUGGAUGUAUAGCAGGUGAUUUUUGUGUGCUGAAAAGAAUGUAAAU